AUGUCGUCAUCUAUGAACACAUCAAAUACCUUCCUCUCCGAGAGCUUCCCACACGUAAUAUUUCAAGAAGGAUUGCCUUCACAAUGUAAACCAGUCGUGUUUCAAGCAUUUUUUCCAUACGUCCUAGUGUUGUGGCAGUGUGCAUUACUUCACCCGACUUAUGCUCAUUCAAAUCUUGCUCGGUUUAUUAGAAUCAGUCUAACACCUAUCAACGUGAUGUGGUCACUCACUUUUCCCUUUCGAUAUUGUAUUACUCCACUGGAAUUGAGCGGACAGAAAAAUAUGGGAUUGGCAGCAAUGGGAAUUCUUACGGGUGUGAAGAGCCUGGAGUGGGGAUUCGCCUCCGGCGCGUAUUAUAAGAGACCCCUCAAAACUAUUGAUGGAGUACAAGGAUGGGAGAAAGUCAAAGAGGACGAGACGUUCAAAAAGAAACAAGAGGAUGAGCCUUGUAGUGCUUUCAAGUUGAUCACGUGGACACUUCUCCAAUUCACAUCCAUGCGCGGGUUGAACUUCACAUGGGGACCAGCUGCUGUGGCCAAUACCCAUAGUAUCACAUAUCUAGUCAAACGACUACUUAAAAUCACCGUCCCUAUGAACAUCGCGAUCGUCUUUAUCACUUUGACGCGCGAUUCACCAUUGAAAACACCAACUUCAGCUCUUCUAUCGAUCGGAGUUCCAAAAUUUCCCGGAAUGAAGAUCCUAGCCGAAACCAUUUAUUCACUCAGUUUUGGUGCAUGGUUAGCUUCCACCAUAGAUUCUCGAUUCACACUUUUCACACUACUCUGUACGGCAUUAUACAAGAUUAUGAGUAUUUUUCAAUUUCCAGUAGAAAUACUUGAUUUAUUUAAUCCAUCAUACCUACCACCUUUAUUCAAUUCACCACAAAGUGCUAGCUCUGUUGCUGUAUUUUGGGCUCAAUCUUGGCAUACACUCUGGAAGAGAACUUUUGUUGUGUCUGGUGGAAAACCAUUGGUUUGGAUUACAAAGAAAUUAGGUGGUACUCCGAAACUUCAAAGAUUAGCUGGAUUGAUGGGUAUCUAUCUCGCAUCCGCUGUGCUACAUGAAUAUCUGGUGUUUGCUCUGGCUCAACCUCCACACUCUAAUCCUCAUACAAUCACCUCAUUACCUGGUUCUGGAAUCUUUUUUAUGCUUCAACCUCUUGGUGUACUGAUUGAACCAGCAAUUAUACCUUACAUACCAAAACGGAUUGGAGGAGGAAAACUAUGGACCAUCCUCUUCUUAGUUGCUACUAGUCAUUCAUUUAGGGAACAGUACUUGGGAGAAGGUAGAUUAAGUAGUUCUUUUAGACCACUUUCUCAAUGGUCAUUGUUAUACACCUUAUCACCAGUUAAACAAUAG